AUGCGCAACUUGAGGAGUAUUCACUAUGAUGCCUGGCGGCCCCCGACCGACCAAGUCGGCGCCGAGCCUCCCACGGCCUGCUGUUGGGACCCGGCCAAAGACGAGGUCCUGGCCGCCUUUGGCCCCUCUGAGAAGGAUGGCUACAUCCGGCUGGUCAGGCUCUCGGAGCAUGUGACUAGCGCAAAGCAAGAACACUCCAAGAUCGAACACAAUCAGAUCGCAUCAUGGGAGGCCCUCAGUCCAAACCCAGACCUCGAAGUGGACCGCAUCGUGAGUCUACAUCACUUUAGUGACACUCUGUCGUCUGUCUUGGUCCUAGAAGGAGGCGACAUCGUGCUCGUCAAGGAGUACGAUAAUCCUGAAGAUGGCGUCCAUAUUGAAAUUAUGGGCUCCAUCGAUGAGGGCAUCACGGCCGCCAGCUGGUCUCCGGACGAAGAACUUCUGGCCAUAUCGACCAAGGCACAGACCGUGGUCUUCAUGAGCAGGAGCUUUGAAGGCAUUACGGAUGCUACCAUGACUGCGGAAGACCUCAAGUUGUCCAAGCAGGUAUCCGUCGGCUGGGGUAAGAAGGAGACUCAGUUUCAGGGCAGAGGCGCCAAGGCGCUCAGAGAUCCUACCAUUCCCGAGAAGGUCGAUGAGGGAGUCCUCAGCUCACAGGACGAUGGGCGCGUCACAAUCAGCUGGCGUGGUGACGGCGCAUAUGUGUCCAUCAACACCACUGAACCCGGUAGCAGACGAGUUAUCCGCGUUUAUUCGAGGGACGGUGUCCUUGACAGCGUCAGCGAGGCUGUGGAUGGCAUGGAAGGAGCUCUAAGCUGGCGUCCAUCGGGCAAUUUGAUCGCAGGUGUUCAGAGGAAGGGCAAUGGAAUCGACGUCAUCUUCUUUGAGAGAAAUGGACUCAGGCACGGCGAAUUCCCGCUGCGGGCACUGGAGGGAAGAGAUCUCUCAGUUGACCAAAUUGGCCUCUCCUGGAACUCUGACUCUACUGUGCUUGCCAUUACAUUUGACGACCGGAUACAGUUCUGGACCACUGGCAACUACCAUUGGUACCUCAAGCAGGAAAUCAUUACGGGGAGCAAGUCGAAAGGCUUCGAAUGGCACCCGGAAAAGCCGCUGCGUUUUACUCUUGCAUUGACAGACAAAAUAAUACUGGGCGAAUAUGUCUUUACCAUAUCUAGGGGGUCUCUUGCGCCACCAUAUGAUCAUGGAGCCGUUGCAGUCAUUGAUGGUAGAAACUUGAAAAUCACCGCAUUCAAAACGGCAAAUGUACCACCCCCAAUGGCCUUGUUUGAAUUGGAAGCAAAGACCGCCAUUGUUGAUGUCAGCUUCUCUCCCGAUCACACUUACAUGUCUGUUCUUCACCAGUCUGGUGUGGAUUUAUACCAGUGGCAAUUAAAGGGCCAAAGAUCGUUGCGCCCGGAUCUCAAGGCCUCUGUAAUCUUCGAUGCGCCGUUGUACGACAUGACAGCACUGGUCAGCGCCGUAGAUGUCAAUGGAAGCGUCACAGUUCUAGGACAUGGCCUCCAUCCGGAACUACAACAUUUUGCGUUUGACGCCUCAUCCGGACUAUUCGCCGCCUUGAAUCGGACAAAGGCAGACUCCAUCAUAGGAUUCUCGAGCUAUCAUGAGAAUGAGCAAGAGUCGGGGCUCAUUUUCCAAGACUACCGGCGCCGCUUUCACAUGCUCCAUACCGACGGAACUCAUUCUGAAUUCCUGCUCAGCCCUACAACGCCCCAUCUCUCGGUCCAACUCCCCUGGUUCACACCCGUUCGAACUGAAUCCACCCUGGGAAAAAUUGCAGUGUACGGGUUGUCGAGAAACGGGCAUCUAUAUGCCAACAACCGAUUGCUGGUGAAGAACUGCACUUCGUAUCUCGUUACACCCGACCAUGUGAUUUUCACAACGACCAAUCAUCUUCUAAAGUUCAUCCACCGAACCGAUGACAUUGACGGCUUGGAAGUUCCCGCCGACGAUCCUGAAAAGGAUGAGAGAUGCCGCAGUAUGGAGCGUGGUGCCAGGCUAAUAACAGCCAUGCCUAGUAAUAUGAGUCUAGUCUUGCAGAUGCCGAGAGGUAAUCUAGAGACGAUUUACCCCAGGGCUAUGGUUGUUGCUGGAAUCCGCCAAUUGAUUGAUGAGAAGAACUAUGGCCGAGCUUUCACCUACGCCAGAACUCAACGGGUCGAUAUGAACAUUCUCUACGACCAUCAACCACAGCAAUUCCUCGAAAACGUGUCCCUUUUCCUAGAGCAAUUGGAUGAUAUCACAUAUGUCGACCUUUUCCUCUCUGCUCUCCGGGAAGAGGAUGUUACACAAACCAUGUACGUCAACACGAAGCCUACCAAGGGGCAAGAGAACUCGCUGCAGAAUGGUAUCGAGAUGACUUCUACCACAACUCCGUCAACGUCAUCCAAAGUCAACACCGUUUGCGAUGCCGUUCUAGAAAGCUUGAGGGCUUGCAAGGCUAUUGACAAUGGUACACUGCAAAACAUUAUAACAGCAAAUGUGUGCAAGAACCCGCCAGCCCUGGAGGACGGGUUGUUGGUGGUUGCUAAACUGAUGCAAGAAGAUGAGCAGCUGUCCGAGAAGGCAGUUGAGCACAUUUGCUUCUUGGCUGAUGUCAACACACUAUACGAUGAGGCCCUUGGUUUAUACGAUCUGGAUUUGGCACUGCUCGUGGCACAACAAGGACAAAGAGACCCCCGAGAGUACCUCCCCUUUAUGCAAGAUCUGCACCAGCUCCCUGAUCUUCGCCGAAAGUUUGCCAUUGACAACCACCUGGCGCGGUAUUCCAAGGCACUGGUACACUUGCAGUCCCUCAACGCCCACGAAGAAGCACAUGAGUAUACUGUCAAGCACUCGCUCUACGCUGACGCACUGAAGCUUUAUCGAUAUGAUGCUUCCAACCUGGCCAUCAUCACCCGUCUCUACGCCAAGUUUCUCGAGUCUCGCUCCCGCUUUCGUGAGGCCGGCCUCACAUACGAGUCUCUGCAGGACUAUGCUGCUGCGACGCGCUCUUACCGCGCGGCUGGCGUCUCGUGUUGGCGUGAGGCGUUGUUCACGGCUUCACUGCAGCAACCUGCACUCUCCACAGAGGCACAAGCAGACCUGGCCACGGCGCUCGCCGAUGCGCUGUAUGAAGCCAAGGAUUACGCAGGUGCUGCCACCAUUCAGCUCGAGCAUCUCGCAAGCAUCGAGACGGCCAUUCGGUUCCUCUGCAAGGGCUAUCAAUUCGCCGAGGCUCUGCGCCUGACGGCUCUGCACGGCCGCCAGGAUCUCUUGGAGUCCACCGUCGAUCCCGGCCUCGCCGAUGCUCUGGGAUCCUCGACCGAGUUCCUGGCCGACUGCAAGGCUCAGCUCCGCGCCCAGGUUCCCCGCAUCCUGGAGCUCCGACGCAAGGCGGCCGAGGACCCCCUGGCCUUUUACGAGGGCGAGCGAGCCGGAGGUGCCGACAUCCCCGACGACGUCUCGGUCGCGGCCAGCUCGCGCGUCAGCACGUCGGCGUCCCUGUUCACGAGGUACACGGGCAAGGCCGGGUCCGUGGGCACGGUCGGCACGGGCGUGUCGAGGGCCACGAGCAAGAACCGCAAGAGGGAGGAGAAGAAGCGGGCCCGCGGCCGCAAGGGCACCGUCUACGAGGAGGAGUACCUGGUCAACUCGGUGCGGCGGCUGGUGGAGCGCGUCGAGGCGACCAAGGCCGAGAUCGAGCGCCUCGUGUUUGGCCUGGUCCGCCGCGGCAUGUUUGAGCGCGCCCGCACCGUCGAGGCCCUCAUGCUCGAGGUCCUCGAGGGCUGCAAAAAGGCUGUCGGCGAGGUCUUUCCGCAGGCGGCCCAGCAGCAGCAGGACAAGCAGGCGGGGGCCGAGGAGGCAGGCGAUGCCGAGGGUGUUGUUCCUGGCGAGGAGUGGAGACCCAUGGGUGCCGAUGCCGUACUGGCUGGCAAUCUCGAGCAGAAGUGGAGGACGCAGCCGCCGCCAGCGGUGACCGCCAUGGAGAGAUUGAGUCUACUAGGUAGUUGA